AUGCAAAGCUCCUUGGGAUUCCAGGAAGGACCUGGCAGGAGAACCUCCAUGUCUCGGAGGUCUCCUUCGAUUUUAGUGACUGAUGCGCGGUCUAGUAAGAAGCGGAUUGGUGCGCCAUUUGCUGGCCAUGCAGCAGGUCUUCGUGGCGGCAGAGCAGCGAGAGAGAAAUCUGACACAUAUCAAGGGUUUUCUGCUUCUAGCAGAGGAAGCAUGCGAGGAAAUUCUGCAAGCGGUUCCGACCUAGGCCCCAUGCGUCGAAGCAGGGCUAAGCUACGACAACAAGGUAAAUUCAGCGAUAUCUCAAUCGAUAACAUCCUCUCAGACGUCUCUGAUGUGCCCUCUGGUAGGCGGGAAGAACGACUUUCGAUAUCAUCUCAUGAAAUGGCCCCAUUUGCUCACCAUAGUUCACCCGGACAGUAUACUAAGUUGAUAAACCCUCUCCCUCCAAGAACUUCUAAAACUUCAAAAAAGCUAGUGCUGAUUCCGGAGGACUCGGAUCGUAAAAAUAAUGCUCUUCAGAUGGAAAGACGACGGCCGCUCAAAUAUAAUAGACAUGACCCUGACGGCCAAGAGAACUACGACGAAGAAAUGUCGCGGAUUACAGCUUACAAUGUUGCGGAGGGUUUUGAGAUGAGCUCAACUUCUGACUUCUUGAGAUACACUCAUGAUGUCUCGCCGCGGCUCUAUGAUGAAUGUCUAUAUGUUCCCUAUUGCCUGCCGCUGCUCCCUGGCAAGGAUGGCUUUAGGAUAAAAUCCAACGUUUCAAAAAAGACCAUUGGUGGUAAAACACUCAUAGAUCGGCUCAUUGACAAGAGUGAACAGAGAGACCACCAUUAUGAAUACUACUCGGGGGUUGAAACAGUCGAAGACAUGAACAACAACUUUGAGCUUAGUGACACUGCAGGGAAGGACAAUGAAAGAAAUGAUUCGCUGCCGACACCGGAUCAUCUCCCAAAUAACUCGAGCAAUAAUACUGCUUCUUUUGAUCCCAGUGAACCUCAGUUUUUCGCCGAAGAGGGGCGGGAUACGGACCAAAGCAAGAACAUAAGCGCUGUGGGCAAUAGAUCUCAAAAUCCGUAUAUGGAGAGUCAGUCACUCGAAAAUUAUGGAUCCAGUAAGCAGCAACAUGCAGAGAUCUUCAUUUUCAGUUACGGUGUAGUAGUUUUUUGGAAUUUUACAGAAAUCCAAGAAAAGAAUAUACUUGGCGAUAUUGCGUUUGCAGAGCACGACAAUAUGAUCAUUAGGCCGUUAGACGAGCAAGACAUUGAAACUGAGCAAUUUCAUUUUGAGUACGAUAUGAAUGUUGAAAGGCCUCGUAUUUUCAAUGAUAUAGUGACUCUCCGCUCCGGUGAUCACAUUAUAAAAUUGACUCUAUCACACUCAAUCGCCCAAUCUACCAAAUUGUCAAGGUUUGAAUCCAGAAUAUCUCCUAUUUUGGGCACCGUGUCCAAGCUGCCUAAGAGACUUGCUUUAUAUGGGACGUUAGGCCUAAAAAGAGAACAGCUGCUCAAGAAAUCCGGUAAGCUUUUUAAGCUGAGAGUUGAUGUAAACCUCUCUUCAAGCGUUCUAGAUACCCCGGAGUUCUUUUGGUCUUUUGAGCCAAGCCUUCACCCACUAUAUUUGGCAAUGCGUGAAUAUUUGGAAAUUGAUCAGAGAGUGCAAGUUUUGAAUGACCGGUGCAAAGUUUUCCUUGAGUUUUUUGAUAUCUGCGUUGAUUCUGUAGCCGAACGAAAUAUGGCAAGAAUCACCUGGUGGUUUAUUGCAGUCAUUUUUGUGAGCGUUUUAGUAUCAAUUUGCGAAAUAAUUGUCAGGUCUUUUAUCAUAAGGCAGCUCAAAAACAGUGAGUAG